CUCCUCUUCUGAUCCUUCACGGCUUUUUCCCGAAUCGUAACGGGAUUGAAAAGUUUAUUCACUUGGGAAAAAUUUCGCCUAUAAAAGCCUUUCAGGAGUCCGCUCACCUCUCCCCGCCCCCCGCGUCCCUCCUCGCUUCGACUCCGAGCAACGAGCUCGAUCGAAGCGAAUCCCCAAAACCCUAACUUUUCAUCUUCUUCCAAAGUGAAGUUGAAUGCAUCGAAUCCCUCUUCGAAGGACACGGUAAUGGAGCGAUUCGGCCCCGUCGACAGCAGCGGUACCGAUGAUGAUCUCCCCCCAUCACAUGUGAAUGGUGGUACAAAAAGAGCGCGUCUAACUGGGAAUGGGCGAGCCGUUUCAGGGGCAAUUUGGGACUUGAGGGCACCAGUGAACGAAAUGGAGAGUGAAAUACAUCAGCUUGAGCUAAAAGCGUAUAGCUCUGUUCUUCGGGCAUUUAAAGCCCAAUCCGAUGCCAUUUCCUGGGAGAAGGAAAGUCUAAUUACUGAGCUCAGGAAAGAGUUGCGAGUAUCUGAUCAGGAGCACAGAGAGAUGCUUAGCAAAGCCAAUGCAGAUGAUCUAAUUUUGAGAAUAAGGGAGUGUGGACGGGCAAAUGGCCUCUCUGGUUUGCAUCAUGGCACUCAGGUUAUUUAUGAUUCUGAACCCAGUCAUGUCGUUUCAGCUUCUUUCAAGAGGCAAAAGACAUCCAAUUCGACAUCAGCAGAGACAAAGGGCACGAGGCCAAAAACAUCCUUGCAGCGCACUCCUAUGCCUUUUAGCCAAAUUCGUAACAGGAGCUCUUCUGGGGCUCUUGCAAUAGCUCAGCCUAAUGAGGCUCUCAAUGCAUUGAUAGGACGCAAAGUUAUGACAAGAUGGCCUGAGGAUGAUAAUUUUUAUGAAGCUGUUAUUACCGACUAUAAUACUUGUGAGGGCUUACAUGCUCUUGUUUAUGACAUCAGUACAGAAAAAGAGACAUGGGAAUGGGUCGAUCUUAAAGAGAUACCACCUGAAGAUAUCAGGUGGGAAGGCGAAAGAGGUCUCUUCAGAAACCAGUCAAACAAAGAUUAUGUUCCAUCACAAAAUGGCACUGAGAAGAAUGGUUGUGACAGUAUUGAGGUACCUUAUACGGAAAGUGUAAUAAAGGAGGUUGAGAGGGUUUUCGCAAAAAGCCAUUUAGAUCUUUAUGAGAUACAAAAGGCAAAGAAACUGCUGAAAGAUCAUGAGCAGUCUUUAAUGGAAGCACUUGCAAGACUUGCUGAGAAAUAUGAUGAAGACUAUGAAGAUAUGGUCGGCGAAGGUCAGGAAUGUUCUGACGACGUUCAAUUGAUAGAGAACGGCAUUGCUUGUGACCAGCAGUGAUGAUUAACACAGGAAGGCUGAUUUUAUCUACUCGUGCCCAAACCGGUGGGCAUCAAAGAGGAUGGCGGCGGUGCGACAGAUGGUGGAUCGGGUGCUAUGGGUAGAUCUUUUUAAUUUGUUCGGCAUUGAAUUGAUUCUCUGUGACUUGUUAUUUUGAAAUGAAUAAUCGAGACGUAAACAAGAUUUUAAUUCGAAAGCCAAUUAAAUCCUUAUUGCAUCUGUUCCAAUGUUUCGCACAGCAUUGAGAUUUCUAUAGUGGUUGGCUUUCUUUUGGUAA